AUGGCUGUCAGAGAGGCUUCCCAUGCGGGGUCCUGGUACUCGGGCAAUGGACGACAGCUGGCGGGUCAACUUGACCACUGGCUUUCAAAGGUUCCGGAAAAGGGCAUCCUGCCUGGUGUUGAAGCGUUGCCUUUACCAGGUUCCAGAGCUGUGAUAUCUCCUCAUGCUGGCUAUGCAUAUUCUGGUCCUGCCGCGGCAUGGGCCUACAAAUGCCUUGACCUGUCCAAAGCUAAGCGAAUUUUCAUCCUACACCCAUCUCAUCACCACCACCUGACCUCCGCUGCUUUACCUGUCGUAGAAUCAUAUGAGACGCCUCUGUCAGAAUCUCCUCUUCCACUCGAUCAUGAAACCAUCCAACACCUCUCCACAUUGUCGGCCGAGGCCCAAGGGCGAACCGUCAAAUUCACGACCAUGUCGCAGCCAGUGGACGAGGCUGAACACAGUGCUGAGAUGCAGCUGCCUUACAUCCACAGACUGCUUCAGAAAUUAUAUCCCGACCAGCCAGAAUCUUCCUACCCGCCUCUCGUUCCAAUCAUGGUUGGAGGGACCAACCCGGCCACCGAGGCUGCGUUGGGCAAGCUACUGGCUCCUUACAUCGCUGAUGAGACUUGCGCAUUCGUAAUCUCCUCGGAUUUCUGCCACUGGGGAAGUAGAUUCGGCUAUACAUACUACCUACCAGAUGCACCAAGUCCGGCUUUGUCACCCCUGAUGCUUCCUAAUGGUACCAGAGGGGAAUACACCACUGCAACUGUCAGCGUGAACGAGGACAUCCACAAGAUGCCGACUCUUGGCCAAGGCCAGGAUCUGAGGUCAAGCACCAAAAUCCCGAAAGCGGGUCCGCAGAUAUUUGAGAGCAUUGCACAUGCCGAUCGGGCGUGCAUGUGUGCAAUUGCCACCGGUCAGCAUUCGGAAUUUUUGCGUGUGUUGCGUGAAACGGGUAACACCGUUUGCGGAAGGCAUCCUAUUGGAGUUUUCAUGGCUGGAGUGGAGGAAGCCGAACGACAGAAGGCUCUCAAUGAUAAAGAUGGUUCACAAGGGCGAUUUAGAUUCGUGAGGUAUGAGAGAAGCAGUGACGCCGAAAGUGUCAAGGACAGCAGUGUGAGCUACGUCAGUGCUUUUGCUGUGCUUUAG